CGAUAAUCGUGAAGGCUUGUGGGCUUACUUGUGCGCUGCUCCAUAUAGGACAAAAAGGACCAACGCGAUGUUUGCGACUGCGCGUUAAUUAUUUAUCGACGAAUGCCAAAUCGUGACGAGGGCUUCUCGAAAUUACGUCCACGCAACCAACAAUAUGAUGUCAUAUCUUAUUGGUCAUAUACAUCACUAAUUGGUAUAUAAAAAGCCCUUUUACGGACGUACUUAUGGCGAACGCUUUAGAGAAUUUGUUUUACCAUUGGAUUAAGGUGCACAGACGGAGGCCUCGACUAUUGAACAUCCCUAAAGGAGUUCACCCGUUCUGUAAAAGAGUUGUUGGCACGGUUCAGCAAGCUCCCAAAAUUUGCAACGGCGUAUCAAGCUUCAUCGUGGACGCGACUACUUCGGCAUGCUCCGAGAGUUUUCGAGAAAUUUGUAGAUUAGCUAUAGGAACUUCCUAUGGAUGCCAGCCAAUAAUAAAGAAAAUCUGCCCAAGUCGCGAUGCUGUAGAGAAAAAGAUAAAACAAGCGGUCAAUAAAUCUUGUGAAAAUUCCGUACAAAAAGUGAUUAAUCAAUUUGGAAAAGUAACAUCUGACGUUAACAAGAAUGCCGUUUGCGAUGCUUUUGUAGAAGUAGUGAGGGAAGUAUGUCAUAAAACAAUAACUAAAUUCUGUGAUGACUUGAGAUCUCUUUUUCAAACUCCAUGCACUGAUUUCUUGCCUGGCAUUAUUUGCGAUUAAGUCACAGUUGGAAAAUUGAAGAUAAGAUUGGAUUUUUAUUGAUUAUCUGUGUAUUAUAUUUAAAAAGAUCAAAUAAACUUUUUAUGACUAGUUCCUUGGAG